AUGCCCGAAAUACAAGAUAAAUUUAAUAAUAACGAAGAAUCGUAUAGACGUAGGUUAACUAGACAAGUAUCAAUGCAUACAUUAAUGGGAUUUAAUGAGCUGAGAUUAAACGUCAAACUCUGUGAUGCUUCAUUGAUUCUUGACAGUGGUGAUAUGUUUCCGGUUCAUCGCUCAGUUCUUAGCGGGUCUAGUGAUUAUUUCCGAGUUCUUUUCACUACAACUUUACAUGAAGGUGAUUUUACACAGAUAAAUCUUAAAUUAGUUGACAGUUAUGCUAUGGAAUCAAUACUUCAAUAUAUUUAUUUAAGACAAGUCGAUAUUACCUGUCACAAUGCCACUGAUAUUAUGAGGACAGCUGAUUACUUGGGAAUCGAAGGUUUAGUGCAACUUUGCCACGAAUUCUUUACUGACAUUCUAUCUCCAGAUAAUUGUGUAACAUUGUUACAAUUUGCAGACUAUUUUUACUUUACGUCACUAAAAAAUGUUGCUUAUCGAUACAUCAUAAGAGAAUUCAUGAAUAUAGCAGAAAAAAGUGACCAACUACUCCAUCUAACUUAUGAAGAAUUUGGUAGAAUAAUUGAGGACAGUGAACUAAAUGUUAAAUACGAGGAGCGAGUUUGGGAUAAUAUAGUGAAAUGGGUCGAUAAAGAUCCCGAUAAAAGAAAAGACGACAUUGUAUACUUGUUAUCCAAAGUUCGUUUUGGGCUAAUGGAUUCUCAGUAUUUUCUUGAAAACGUGAAAGACAACUGUUAUGUGAAAGGAAGAGCUGAUUGUAAACCAUACAUAAUUGAAACACUAAAAUUUCUAUACGACCUUCAAUUAACAUCAAACACUACCAACUCUAUAGCACCUAUGUUGGCUCGUCCUAGGUACCCAUACGAAGUAAUGUUUGCAAUAGGUGGUUGGAGUGGGGGUAGCCCCACUGGCUUUAUAGAAACAUAUGAUACUAAGUCAGACCGAUGGACCAGAGUAUACGAAGAAGAUCCUUUUGGGCCCAGAGCUUAUCACGGCACAAUUGUUAUUGACAAAUUUAUUUAUGUUAUUGGUGGAUUCGAUGGACUAGAUUAUUUUAACUCGUGUAGAAAAUUUAACACACUUACAAAAUCUUGGGAGGAAGUUGCGCCAAUGAACUGUAGAAGAUGUUACGUCAGUGUUGCACUACUAGAUGGCUACAUUUAUGCAAUGGGAGGAUAUGAUGGACAUCAUAGACAAAAUUCCGCUGAAAAAUUUGAUUUACAAAGAAAUCAAUGGUCAAUGAUAGCACCAAUGGCAUAUCAAAGAAGUGACGCGUGUGCUACAAUUAUGAAUGGUAAACUAUACAUAACCGGAGGAUUUAAUGGACAAGAGUGUAUGAAUUCAGCUGAAACAUAUAAUCCAGCAACUAACGAAUGGACGUUAAUUCCUCCAAUGCGUUCAAGACGUAGUGGAGUAUCUUGCAUAGCAUAUCACGGUUUUUUGUAUGUCAUAGGAGGUUUUAACGGAAUAUCACGAAUGAAUAGUGGAGAGAAGUUCAAUCCCCGGACCAAUACAUGGUCUCCUGUGGUGAAUAUGAGUAAUCCACGAAGUAACUUUGCUGUCGAAGUUCUUGACGACAUGAUAUUUGUUGUGGGUGGUUUUAAUGGAGUGACGACCAUUGCUCAUGUUGAGUGCUACAAUGACCGGACUGAUGAAUGGUUCGAGGCUAGAAAUAUGCACAUUUUUAGAUCUGCGUUGUCCACAUGCGUUUUAAAAAAUUUGGAUAACAUCAAAGAUUACUUACCGCCAGAUAGAGACAGAUUGUCGGAGGAAGGCCGAAGAAGCAUUGAAAGGAACAGCAGACAAAAUAAUAUAAACGUUGCUAACGACGACACGAGUAAUGAAGUGGAUGUGGCUGAAGAAAACAACAAUGUCAUAGUACUUGACCAAGCUGUUCAAGUAGUUAAUUCUAACAUUGAAACAUACGAUGACGUUAAUACUAACGUUAUCGACUGA